CAAACAUAUAAUUUACUGUAAAAUUGCAGCACUUUGAAGCCGGACAUCCGCAAUGACGGUCUACUUUUUUCCCAAAGUAGAUUCAAAUUUGGCACAUGAUUGACCAGGUCUUAUUCAAAUAAAACAUCCAGUCAAAGCGUGCACACUUUUUUUCGAGCCCUGCAUGGGAGGCGUGGAGCUCUCACUUUUGACAUUCUCUCUCUCUGCAGUAGCUUCUCCUCAAGGCAGACUAGCGAACUCUUAUGACAUCACCCAGCCACCGAAUGGGGGAAGAAGGGAACAGCUCUCUGCGGAUGAACGAGGUUAUGAUACAAGUGGACCUGUUUGGGCAUAUCAAUUGAAUUAGUGCAAGGGAAAAGUUUAAAAUGUUGACCAUAUCGUCAAAAAGAUUCAGUGGGAAUACUUUGCUUUAAAAACAGCGGAGUUACCUAACCUACUUCGCCAAAAGGUCACUGAAUAACAACGAACGUUAGAGGAUAAAUGUAAAGCUAUUGCAGCAUAUGUUCCUGCGCAUUGUGUCUAGCCAUCUGCUUUCUGGAAUAGGGCGUAAAGGAAGCAGAGGAGAGACGGAUUUCUCGACCUGAUUCCUCGCCUAUGGACGACAGCGGUCCCCUCUCUCCAAAAGCAAAUGCUUUCAGUAUAGCCUCUCUGAUUUCAGCUGCGGAGCAAGCAGGAAACGCAACAUUUGACAAACACGGCACUGGCCUGGACAAGCAAAACCAGCACAACUGUUACAGUUCGUUUAAAAUGCACUACAGCACUGUCACCAGAGAAAUGGAAGGUACGAGCGCGGUCUUGACAAUAACCUUGUAAAUAUUUGCUUGCGUCAAGUUUGUUUGUUGCUCAUCUCAGGUUGUUGUUUUUGUUGUUGUUGUUGUUGUUGUUGUUGUUGCAUACAGAUGUGAUCUUGUUCCUGCAAUAUACUAAAAUUGAGCAUCCAGAUGUUUGAGUUAGUGUAAAUGCAUAAAUAAAGCAAUGUUGAUGCUAGAGCAGGCUAUAGUGUAAAAGUAAGUUCAUAUGAAAAUAUUCCCGAAAAGUCACAUCCAGUAUAGGCCAUAGGAAAGUUCCGGGGAAAAUAUGAUGCAUAUGACAAUAGGAAGUUAUUCAUAACUUCAACUAAUCAUAACUUCUAAAACACUCAGUGUUCAUAGGCGAAUUAUAUCUUUAUAGAACUGCAGAAGCUUGUCAAAAUAGUGGUUUCAGUUGCAUUUCAAAUCAAAGUGAGUUCUUACAUAAGCUACUACCAUCAGAGAAGAGAACGAGAACACAUUUUGAAAAUAUGGAAUGAGAAGUUAGGGGCGGGGGUACAUGGGGCACCCGUGCGUAUUAAUGGUAAAAAAAAUAGUUGAAAAUAGGCCUAUAUCCAACACAGUGUAAUUGGGUCCCUUAUCCCAGUUCCAUUUGGCAUAUAAUAAUAAUUCAAGAUACAUUAACCCCAAAAUAAUGUUGCGUUUGUUUGUUCAUGCAUAUACGUGUUUGUUUACCUGGUAAAACAGUUUACCCUUCACUGUGCCAGCUAGCCCGUCUAUUGUUACAGGAGGACGAUGUGGGCGAUACCCUUAUCCAAAAGUAAAUGGGUGCCGGAAAGCCCAUUAAAAGGGGCGCACUUCACUGUCAAUCAGUCUCGUCCCAAGGCGAGGAAAGACACAUUACCUGCAGUUCCUUAUCUAAAUAGAAAUAAGAACCGGUUUUAUCGUGAAGGGGAGGCCCUAUAGAGAGAUAAGAGAGACGUCUGGAUUGCAGUGUAGCAUACCGCAGUAACACAGCAGAGCCGAGGCCGCCUGGAAUACUUUUGAACACAAUCCCUCGAAAAAAACAACUUGUGUGUGGGUUAUAGUUCUACAAAACCAUUUUUGGUCAGGAUUGGGAAUUAUAAUUAGGGACGCAGAAAAAACAAAAUUCUGAAUGAUUUUUCUUCGACUAUUUGACGUUUUGCGAGAAACGUUGCGAGCGAAUUCACUAAAGGCAACAGGCAUUUUAGGAUUUAGGCUGUAGUUUAUUACAGCAUUGGAUGCAACACCGAGGAUUAAUGGACGCAGAAAACACUAAUAGACGCACGAAACGGAAACUAUUUUAAAACUAUUCGAAAAUCUAUAAAGGCUGUUUGACUUUGAAAAAAAUAACUCAAGACUACAACUGCUUUCAGUGUGCAACGCAUAUAGUAAAAUACAGCUUUUGGAAUGAUUUCAGCAAUAUCCAGUCCGUGGCUGACGCAGCUGUCCCAUUUUUGCGAUGUUGCAGCCUUCACGACCAGCAGCCUAAGCAGCCUCAACGCACCGGGGAGUUACCAUCUCUCUCCGUCCCCCGGGGACCCGUACAGCCAACAUGAAACCCACUUUGAGCCAUGCCCAGCCGCUCAACACAGCUACAACUACUCGGGGUCGAACCCCACACAGACCCAGCAGAGCGACACCGGGACAUCCAACUGUUCCUCGUCGUCCCCCAGUUCCACACCGAACAGCAAGUCUCUGGUGAAAAAGAACCCUAAGGUGGCCAACAUUAACGUUCAGUUGGAGAUGAAAGCUUUAUGGGAUGAAUUUAAUCAUCUGGGAACGGAGAUGAUCGUUACCAAGGCUGGAAGGUGAGUGGAAUUUACACCAUGAUACAUGCAGGCUUCACUGGGUUGGGCUUCCAGAUUCAUGUUAUGAACAAAUAUUUAGUUGCCUAUUUCAAAUGUAUCCCAUGAGAGCUUACACACACAAAGUAGGCCUAAAUCAUGAGAUAUAUUGGGAGAAAAUGUUUAAAGUUGGUGUGUAUUUAGUCAACAAAUUGAUGUUGGUGUGAUGCUGCAAUGGAAAUUACGCAGCAAUAUCUAUUGAAAACAUCUCUUAGCUCAUUAUAUUUAGAUAAAUAAACUAUUCACUAAUAAACUAGGCCUAUUCAAUGACUAUUCUGUAGUGUUAAAUAUCAUUUAUAGUCAGACUGGAACGGAAUCAAAUAUUGGCCUGCAGUUUUUAUGUUAAAUAUUCUCAGAAAUUAAGCAUUUUGAUUUAAUUUGGAGUAGUGGAUACAGUUAAGAGUAGGCUAUAUCCCCGAAAACAUAUUUAAAACGGCCUACAAGUGUGGGCAGAGAAAGCUCAUUAUUUCUGACCAAAUUAAAAGUACGAUAUUCGAAAGGGCGUUGAUAUUCAUUCAACAUUUUACGCAUGGGUUUUUAGGGGAUAAUUGUACGCGUAAAGGCCCUUCUGUUUUCCCCUGUGUGAGUCGUGUUUUCCCUGACAUAUAGGCCCACUUCACAUAUAUUAAACUUGUGCUUUCCUAUCUUAUACAGAGUAAUAACACCAUAUCUAAGGCAUUUAGGGGAUGCUACAUGAGAUUGUUCAAACAGAUAGAGAACUAUAGAGAACGUUCCAGAAUUCGCCUUUUUCGGGCAAUGGCAUAGAUGCGGUAAAGAGGUCAAUGGAACUCGACCAAAACAAUGGAAAUGCCAUGGAAAUGCUUGGGGAAAAGGUUCUGAAUCUCCUCAUUGCCCCCCAGAAAAAUGUGCCUAAAUUUGGGCUAUUGUUUAUAUGUGUAUUUCACACUAUGUUGAGGUAGUAAUGCUUGUAUGAUGCCAACCCCGAUACAUGCUUAUGUCAUCGUCACCAAUCAACUGUAUUACAGUUAAAACAACUGACUACCACCACCGAUUUCUGUAUGCUAGCUAUGCUACCAGCUUAUACGAACAAAAGUUAGCAUUUAGCAGUCACUUCUUCUAAACCUGAAAAGGGACAACUUCUAAAUGUUAUGCAGCGAAAACAGCCAAACCGGACUUUAGUAAUUACACUGUGAGCCUGUUACAAUACAUCAAUCAUGAAGGAGUUGACGAAUAUCCACUUUGUUCGAUCAUAUUUGUUGAAUGUGCGCCAAUCCGGCGUCCUUCUUACAUUUUACAUUUUAGUCAUUUAGCAGACGCUCUUAUCCAGAGCGACUUACAGGAGCAAUUAGGGUUAAGUGCCUUGCUCAAGGGCACAUCGACCGAUUUUUCACCUAGUCGGCUCGGGGAUUAGAACCAGCGACCUUUCGGUUACUGGCACAACGCUCUUAACCACUAAGCUACCUGCCACUUCUUCUAUCCCCCACGGUCUGCGUCAUUGACCUCGUUACCGUAUCUUUACCGCAUCUAUGCAGUUCCUUUUGAGCUAUAACUAUUUAUUCUACUGUUACGGUUAUGCACCCUUUUCCUUGUGAUACCCUCUCAAAAUGCACAAUUUUGCGCUUUUCAAAAGCUAGCAAGUUUUGCAACAAGUUUUGCAUUCAAAUACAUUUCUACUGUAAACAUUCCACGUAUUAGUAAAAUUACAGGCCUAGGCCUAUUUCUUUCUCUGCAUAAUAUGACCUUGAUAUUUACAUGCUGUCUCGUAGGCAACAGAGCAAUAAAACAAUAUUUGAUGUAAUAGCAGUCAAAAAGCAUAUUGAUGAAUUUCGCUAUAUGACUAUAGGCAUUAUUUAUGCAAUGUCGUUGGCAUUUGUUGCAGGACAAUGUAGGCCCACUUGCCAUAUCUAUCAGAUUACUAUGAAUAACUGCGUUAUUUUUUUAUUCAAUAUUUAAAGAUUUAUUUUAGGAUUUGAGCUCCAUAAGAGAUGGCAUUUCCGAAGGCUCAGUUGACCUGCUCUGUGUUAUAGGGUGACAGCAGAACAACAUCUGUCAUUCCAGAGACACUGAGCAACACAGGAUCUGAGGGAGGGCACUUUAAAAACUACUUUAGCCUCACCUAUCCACAACUGCAGCCUUGAAUAGACACUGACGUUAAUUGAGCAGGGAUUUUAGGAUCACUUUCACUGGUUUGGCGGAUUACUUCACAUACAAUAAAACGUUUUACGGUAUAUGAGACUCCUCACCCCGUCUGCGAGCGUGUGCAUGAGGGGAGAGAGAAAGAGAGCAUAUUUAUGAAAGAUACGGGUAAAGAAAAAGAACAGUCCCUCGAUGCAACGAGUGUGUGUGACUAGAAUCCAUCAAAGGGCAGAAGAGAAAUGCAAGUGAAUGUACAGUGUUAAAUAAAGCUAAGCGUAAUUUGCGUUAACCAAAAAUGUAACCCUACUCUAACCAUACUGAAUGACGUCAUACACAAAAACUACAACCCUGGGCCUCCUUCCUUGGAAGGCGUCAUAACAUCAUAGGCCUAUAACAACAAAAUAUAGGCCUAAUGCAAAAUGCAUACCCUAUAACAAUACUAUUGUUGUGGCUGUGGGUGAGAUAAUGUUAUCGACUGUUGAAAAAAGGCAAAAUGUUGUAUUCUAAAAGAAUAUCACGAAGUAUAUCACAACAUAUGACUUAUUUCCUGAUGGGAAUUUGCCAAAAUCUCCCAAAUCCCACGCAAGUAAACCCCAGUGACAAACACUUGCAGAUGAACCCAUAGACAAUGAUAGAGCCAAGUCAAAGGCAACCGAUUUUAAUGUAUCAUGUGUUUUCUUCUGUCAGGCGAAUGUUUCCAACAUUUCAAGUGAAAAUAUUUGGAAUGGAUCCUAUGGCAGACUACAUGCUGCUAAUGGAUUUCCUACCAGUCGACGAUAAACGAUACAGGUACGUUUUAUUUACCAAAUGAACUAGAUACAAAUCUAUACCUUUCUUGGGAAAUAUUUUGUGCCAGUCUACUUUCGCUGCAGUGAGUGUAUAGGCUAUGGCAUAUGUUCCAAUGAACGUGCAUCCAACUAAAAGUAUAGGCCCGAAACAAGGAAUUGAAUUGAAAAACAGAAUGUAGGCCUAUGAAACCUCAAUGAAAAUGUUGCUCUUGUUUUUUUCUUCCUUUCGUAGGUAUGCUUUUCACAGCUCCUCGUGGCUGGUGGCGGGUAAAGCUGACCCUGCUACUCCCGGGAGAGUUCACUACCACCCCGACUCUCCCGCCAAAGGCGCACAGUGGAUGAAGCAGAUAGUCUCAUUCGAUAAACUAAAACUCACUAACAAUUUACUGGAUGACAAUGGACAUGUAAGUAUUGUAACGAAUACCUUAGUUUACAAAAAAAAGGGUUUAUUUGAACUGCUUGCAUCUGCUUUCAAAUGAUUUGAAAUAGAGUAAAAUAUUAAUAUUUUUAAAGCACCUGCACAUUCGUUUGUCUUGUGUGCCAAAAUGUUUCCACAGGCAGAGUUACUUUUUUCCCAUUUCGUUAACUACACCUAUACUUUUUCCAGGUUACUCAUUCGUGUUGAAUAGAUCUGGGAAAUUAUGUAUAAUUAUUUUUGAUUGAUUUUACAUCAUUUUUAUCCAUGCAUAAUUUGAUCAAUUUAAUCGUGCGUAAAAUGGUUAGUGCGUAAAAUGUGUUGACUUUCAAUAUGAUUGUGCUUAUUAACUAACCCCUGCGUUGAUUAGCCAUCAGGGGAUUAUGAAAACACCAUUUUUUUUAGAGACAUCACAAUAAAAAAAUGUCCAUUGAGAUUUUUGAGUUUUCAUUUUAUAACUCAGUUUUGUCCCAAUAGGCCUAACCUCUGCCUCUCUCCCGCUACAGAUAAUUCUAAACUCCAUGCACAGAUACCAGCCGAGGUUCCACGUCGUCUACGUGGACCCACGCAAAGACAGUGAGAAGUAUGCCGAGGAGAAUUAUAAGACCUUUGUUUUUGAGGAAACACGGUUCACGGCGGUCACAGCAUACCAGAACCACAGGGUAAGGAUCUCUCUCUCUAUAUGCUAUGCAGAUAUAAUAAACACACAUUAGGCCUAUAUGAUAACAUCACAACAUGAUAAUAGAUGUCUGUUGUAGUGUGUAUUUGUUUUUUCACAAACUCACGAACUCUAGGCAGUGUGUUUGCACCAUGGGACUAUUUAAAAAGUAUAACUGAAUAAGGCAAAAUAUAAAACAGCAGGCCUAAAACAACAUGAUGAACGUGGAUCCAGCCUGUUUGCCUCUAUUUAUAAUAAUGAUGUAAAACUAUUAGUAAUAGCCUGUAUGUAAUAGCCUAAUAAUUUGCAUGAAAAAUAAUUCCAUUGACAAACGAAUCCUAGAUUUGUUUAUUCAUGUGUGCAUGAUUUGACCAUUACAUAAUUCCAACAGGGCUCAAAUUAACACCAUGUAGGCCUACUGCUAGUAAACCCACUAUAAUGCACUAUAACAAAAUUACACAUUAAGGAUAAACCAAAUUUAAGAAAUGUAAAAAGGGCUAUUUGACGUUGCAUUGUUCAUUUUAUGGAGCAACUGAUUCUUGCCUUGAUCCCCGUUUACUUUUUAAUAUUUGCUUGUAUCAAAUAGCUGAACAUAAUUCCUUUACGUGAGAUUUUUGCGACUGAAAGUUGUCUGUAUGCACUGAUGCCCCUGCACAGCUGUCCAGUUUCUCUCUUUUUUCCUCUGUCUUUCCUGCUCUGUGUUAUCUGUUUGACCCUCGGUCUCUAACCGGUCUCCAACGCGCACCGAGGGGCUUUAAGUUUGUUGUUCAACUCAUUCCGGAAAUUCAUGACCACAUAACUACAUUCACGGAUGUGCAAAACUAUUGGUCUCAUCAAUUAUAAAAAAUGACAUGUUCAGUUAACACUUUAAUUCAGUGUCAGGACCACAAUAAAUCACUUGUUAAACUGUAGGCAAUUAUUAUAGAAAAAUACGUUUUCUAUUUGUAUGUUGAUAAAUGCCUACCUUUAUGUUGGUUAUAAUAUAUAGGCAUAUGCUACGUUUCGAUAAAAGGGAAAAGGGGAGGGGGUCGCUAUAGCGUCGUUCUUUAAGUCAACGUAACGGUAAAUGCUUUGACCCUCACUAGUUAGCAGAUCUAUCAAGCCAUAAUCAGAAACACGUUCCGCUCUAUUUUUUCGUGUCGAGUAUAGGAGGCCUAGGCUACUAUGUUUUUCAUGAAUAUUACACGUUCGCAUGUUUAAUCAUAGCCUAAAUCAAAAAGCCUGGAACAAGCGUGUAUAUGUCACGUAAUGAUGUGUUGUUCUGGGUUGGACUUUCCACUUUGACAUGAAGGUUUACUUCACUUUGUACUUUUCGUUGUAGAUCACGCAGCUGAAAAUCGCCAGUAAUCCUUUCGCAAAGGGCUUCAGGGACUGUGAUCCGGAGGACUGGUGAGAGAACACACACUUUUAAACUCAAUUUACUCCAUUCAUCAAUGACAAUAAACUGGAUACAUUUUUACAAAAGUGCAUCAAAUUGUCUGAACCAGUGAAUAUGAAAUAUGUACUAGUCUAUUUACAGCAAAUGUGACACAUAACAUGAGUAAAUCACAUUUAAUUAUGUAUGUCUUGUGGCUCUGUUAUCUUCUACCUUAUUAGGUCAUUAAGAUAUUGGUGUUUUUGACAGACAUUACAGUCAGUGUAACUAAAUCCAUUCUCUCUCCUCCAGGCCCAGGAAUCACAGGCCAGGCUCUCUGCCAAUUAUGAGUGCCUUUGCCAGAACAAGGAAUCCAAUGUCUUCUCCCCCACUUCAGAACGGCUCAGAGAAAGGUCUGUAGCCCUCCCUUUGUCUCAGAAGAGGAAUAUAGUUCAUUACUUUCACUGAGAGUGCUAUUGAAUCCAGGAAUUGUUAUCUUUUAUAACAAAGUACACAUUUAAUCUCAGUUUAGCAAUGCUAUAACUGAAAUACGAGUAAAUGUUUGCUUUCAUAAGUGAAUAUCCAUGUAAAAUAUUGAACAGAUAUUACCUACAGUAAAUGUAGCUUUCACAAUGUAGAUUGUACAAUUAUAAAAAUGCCUUUGUCAUGCUAAUGCUUGGCUUGGCUAAUGUGCCUACUUUACAGUCUGCAGCUAUCUGUUUGUCUGGUCUGCCUAUCUCUGACUGUCUGCUUUGUUUGUUGUUGACUUUAGAGGACAGUAGGCGGGACUAUGACCGGGACCCCAAUGGCACGCCGAUACAUGCAGACCCCGCCCACCAGCUGAUGUCACGUGUCCUUAGCCCUGCCCUCCCCGUCCAAGGAGGACUCCACGCCAUCCCCCUCAGCAGUGGCCGGCCCAGCCCUCCCCACGACCUGCGGAUCCCGGACGGCCACCCACUGGCCCCAGACACCCUGCACCACCACCCCUACAAGUACCCCACAUCCUACGAACACUACCUGGGGGCUAAGACCCGGCCGUCGCCCUACCCCUUACCCGGCAUCAGAGGACACACUUACCACCACCACAUGAACCCAGCCACAGCUAACAUGUACUCCACCACUAGCGCCCCCGCUAACUAUGACUACGGGCCCAGAUAAUGACUGUAUAGCUGUAGCUGGCAGCCACGGCCCACACACCUGGGCUUCGGCUACUAGCUAGCUAGCGCUGUGGAAAAGGAAACACGCAGGAGGGGAGGGACAACAACACAACUCUGUCUUCAUGGCUGAUGCAACGUCAGGAGGUUAGGAGGUUGGGAGGUUGCGCGGCACGCCCUCGUUGCUGGAUACCUCAUCCCCUCAGAGAGACAAAAACUGCUGUAUUUAUUUAAGGGAAACGUAUCUUGGCAGGAUGUACAGACUGGCCCUCUGAGACCGAGCAGGGGUCAGUCUUGACCUCUGAACUUUGACAGCAAUAGCUCUACAUGAGGGCACUUUUUUGCCUGCGUGGUAGAGCGGCGCAGACAGUGAGCCAGCUUACAGAGGAAACAGUUUACCAGUGCCCUCUCUUAAAACAUGGACGACGCAUUAUCACGGACUGGAAUUGAUUUUUUUUUUGUGUUGGAUGCACUUUUUGUUCUUUUUGCUUUCAGAAAAGCCAUAUGUUAUUUAGUCAAUCAAGCUUCCAUAGAUAGACCAGA